UCCGUGCAGGCGUGGCUGCUUUUCUUUCACUUCCGCUGUCACGCCACAGCCACAGAGCAACUCGACAACGUAAACAAUCAUUUAAAGAUGUCAAGUAAGGAAGUGAAGUCUGCUCUGAAAAGUGCCAGAGAGGCCAUCAAGAAUAAAGAGUUCAAAGAAGCACUGAAGCAUUGCAAGGCUGUUUUGAAACUUGAGAAGAGUAAUUACAAUGCAUGGGUGUUCAUCGGCCUGGCAGCCGGGGAGCUUGACCAGCCUGAUCAGGCACAGACGGCUUAUAAAAAGGCCGUGGAGCUGGAGCCGGAGCAGCUGCUGGCAUGGCAGGGUUUGGCAAAUCUUUACGAGAAGAUCGAUCAGUGGGAUUUCAAAGUUGAGCUGCCUAACGUCUACCAGAAGCUUGUUGAGCUGUAUGCAAGCUCCGACAAGAAUAAAUGUUAUGAGAUGAUCAAAAAGCUGUCUGAUAUCUAUCAGUCCGACAAAGAAUAUUUAAAGUUGGCAAAGAUUUGGCUGCAACUCCUUCAGCUGAAGGAGGAAGAGGCUGUGGACAAGAAGGAGUUACUGCAGCUAUGGCAACAGAUGACCAAACUCCUGUCAGACUGCCUCGGGGAGGAAGAGCCGGACAAUGAAACUCAACAGCAUUUAAUCACAGCAUUUGAGAAGGCCAUGGUUCUCAUGGAUCCUGUACCAGGAGAGGAACACAAGAAGGUCUCAGCCGACUACGUUAAAUGUCUUUCUAAACUUCCACAAGAAGAAGCCAAAUUGAAAGAGGCAUGUGAGUCCAUGCUGUCCCUCUAUCCCAACCAGAGUUAUCCUCUUGAAGUCCUUUGUUCUCACUACCUCAAAACUGGUGUUCAGAAUGAAGACGCAGUCAGCUGUUUCUCCCGGCUCCUGAAUCUGGUCCCUGACAGUGGGUUAGGUCACUUGGGUCUGGGCACCAAAGCACUGCAGGAAGGGAGGUAUAAAGAUGCCAUUAAGGAUCUUGCACAAGGGUUAAAGAAAAUGAGCUCCGCUACAGGAUGGUACAGUCUGGCUGAAGCACAGUUUAAAAUGCACAGAUACUCAGAUAGUGCUAUAUCAUGCUCCCAAGGUCUCACGGUUUGUGUUUCCGGAGAGAAGGAGCUGAGGGUCAAACUGCUUAGGCUGAGGCUAGAGGCUUUAGUCGGGAGUGGAGGAGAGAAAGCUGCAGACCAGGCUUUGGAGACAUUUUCACAGAUCCCAGAUGCUGACAAAGACCCGGCUCUAGUUGCUCUUAAAGGACGUGCAUAUCUUAACAAGGGAGAAGCUGAUCAAGCACUUAAGGUGUCUUCAGAGCUGGUGGCCUCUUACCCUAACAUGGCUCAGGGCUUUGUACUGAGAGGACAGACACAACUGGCUCAGGGCCAGCAGCAGCUGGCAGAGGAGAGUUUCCUAAACGCGGUUAGCCAAAGCCCAGACAGUGGAGAGUAUUAUUUCUUGUUGGGACAACUCUACUGGGAUAUGGGAGAAGAGACUCGUAAGGACCGGAGCAAAGCGCACACACAUUUGCUCAAGGCUGCAAAGUUAGACCCAAACCUCGGUUGUGCUUUCCGCUACCUUGGACAUUAUUACCGGGAGGUGGCAAACGAUCGUGGCCGGGCACGAGGCUGCUAUAAGAAGGCCUUCGAGUUGGACAAUGAUGAUGCUGAGUCUGGAGCUGCCUCAGUGGAUCUCUGUAUGGAGCACGACGAUAUGGACGCUGCCCUGGCCACACUUCAGUCAGUGAUUGAGAAAGCCACUCCAGGCUCAGCUAAAUGGGCUUGGAUGAGACGUGGGCUUUACCACCUGAAGGUCGGAGAGCAUCAACAAGCUACAGCUGAUCUGCAGGCAGCUCUGAGAGCAGACCCAGAGGACUGGGUGUGUUGGGAAUGUUUAGGUGAGGCCUACUUGAACCGCAGGAGCUUCACAGCAGCUCUGAAGGCCUUUGGUAAGGCCCAUCAGCUUCAGCCCUCCUCCAUCUACAGUGUCUACCAGGCCGCUGCCAUCAAACAGACCCUGGGCAAGUUCAAGGAGGCAGUCGCUGAGUACUUGCAGAUCACAGCGAAGCAGGACUAUGUUCCUGCCCUUAAAGGUCUUGGAGAGUGCCAGUUGUCUCUGGCAAAAAGUCUAAUGGAAGACUGCAGAGAUGGGAGUGCCAUCGACCUCAUCCAGCAAGCCAUACAGAACCUCUUCAGAGCUGUGGAGCUGCGUCCAGAUCUGUCUUGUUUGUGGAAGUUGCUGGGAGACGCUUGCACCGCAGUCCGCACCGUGUCGCCAAACAGAGCCCAGGUCGUCGUGCCCGCCCUGCUGGCUGGUUUAGAUCCCAACACCCAGAGCCACACGCUGAACCAGGCCCAGACACUUAAAGUCGGGGAGAGGUGUUAUGUCCGUGCUUUGAAACUAAUGUCUGAGGUCCCCAGUCUUUGGUAUGACCUAGGACUAAACUACUACCACCAGUCCAACCUACCCUGCCCCGCAGAGGCAGACCAAAACUCCCUGUCUCUGCUCCUAGAGAAGGCCCAGGAGUGUUUAAAAAAGGCCAUCAUGAUGGAAAGUGGGAACUAUAGCUACUGGAAUGCUUUAGGAGUGAUUUCAAUGAGCAAAGGUCUUGAGAACUUUGCUCUGGCUCAACACUGCUUCAUCAAGUCCAUCCAAGUUGAAACGAAUAACGUCGUCGCUUGGACCAACCUCGGUACCCUGUAUUUGAAGAAAGACAAUAUCGAGCUUGCACACGAGGCCUUUAAGAUCGCCCAGUCUCUGGAGCCACUUUAUGUCAACUGCUGGAUCGGACAGGCGCUGAUCGCGGAGAGAGUGGGAAGCUACGACACCAUGGAUCUUUUCAGGCACACCACCGAACUCAGCACACAUAUGGAGGGAGUGAAAGGUUAUGCCUACUGGGUGUGUUCCACCCUGCUGGAUAAAAGCAACAGAGACUCUGAACUUUACCGCUACAACAUAGUCCAGAUGAAUGCCAUCUCUGCCGCUCAGGUGGCACUCAGCAAGUACACAGAGAGGAUCCAGUCUGACCCAGACGCCUUCAUCAUGCUUGGCUACCUGAAUGAGCAUCUGCAGCUGAAGAGGCAGGCCCUGCAGGCUUAUCAAAGAGCUGUUGAACUCCUUCAGUCCAUGUCCUCCACAGAGGAGCUGGCGUUCGCUCUGGGCAGCUACGGCCGUGCUUUGUGCACCUCGGGCCAGUGGGACGAGGCAGUGCGCGUUUAUACUGCAACUCCGCUGCAGGAGCUCAGUGAUCUGACGGGGCUGGCUCUGGCCUACUGCAGGGCAAGACUCAUCCCAGAGAGCAUCAGCGCCUAUGAGCGUGCCUUGGCUGUGGCUUCAAGCGAGAAGGAGAAGGCUUACAUCCUAACAGCUCUGGCCCUGCUUCAGCACCGGCAGGGUAACCUAGACUCAGCCAAGACUCUGCUGUUUAAAUGCUCGAUGUUAAAGGAGCCAAUUCCAGAGUCUCUGCUGUGUCUGUGUGCCCUGGGACUGGUCCACAGCGAUGCCACAUUAGCUGCUGCUGCCCUGACUGAGCUGCUGAAGCAAGGUUCAGCCUCUGGAGAUGUUAUAGAACAGCGAUGUCUACUCACCUGCGCUUUGCUGGCCCUGCAGGGCAACUACAGCGCGAUUCAAAGAGAGGCAUCCAGAGCUGUACACAGUAACCCUGGAAACCCGUCUCUGUGGGCCCUGCUGUCCAGACUGAUACCACAGUACUACCCCAAGAAAGCAAAUGGUGGAGCGGUGGCCGGUCAUGUUGCCUGUCUCUCCAGUAUGACCCAAGGAAAGAGGGCGCUGUUGUACAGUGGAGUGAACCAGCUGGCUGGCGGGAGACACUCGGGAGAGGACAGUCACAAGAACGCACUGAAGACUAUGCAGAGAGCUGUGCUGCUCUGUCCUGAUGAUCCAGCAACCUGGGCAGGAUUAAUGGCUGCCUGUCACACCGAAAACACUUCCUGUUAUCUCUCAGGCUCUGCUCCUUGCAGACAAGGACUGGAGCACAUCCUCAUGUCAGUGGUUUCUGACAAAGUGCGUAUUGCGGAGGAGAUAGAACGCCCCCUGGCCCAGACUCUAGAGGCCUGGGUGCUGCAACAGGCAGUGAGUGGUCUCAUGCUGGGCGGACAGCUGGAGCAGGCAGAAGCCCUCUGCUCACAGGUGCUCAAUGUUUCUCCAGAACACCCAGCGGUGCUGCUGUCUCUGAGACAGGUCCAGUGUCAGCGCCUCCUUGUUGCCAGUGGUGGUACUGUCCUCCCGGACUCUGUGCUGGAGCAACUUAACAACACAGUGAUGGUGAACCCCACCAACCUUGGGGCGUGGCAUUGGCUGGCCGAGGUGUAUCGUAGCCAAGGCCUGCUGGUCCAGGCAGUUAUGGCUUACCGGCAGAGUCUGCAGGUGGCUUCACAGCUCGGCAUGCACAGCAGCCAGGUAGCCAGCCUCCUCCGACUAGCCCUGCUAGCCCUAGGACCAUGUAUGGCACGUGUCCCAGGAAACGACUGGGCGGACCUGAUACAAGAAGCCACCACGGAGGUCUUGAAGCUGGGUUCAUCCCCUACGGCUCUCCUUUUCCAGGCCCUGCUCCAGUUUGUGACCAAGAUGGCUGCUAGGGAAACGAGGCGUUUGUUGGAGAGGCUGAUAUACGUCCCCUCUCAAGACUUCCCAGUGACUGUGGUGCAGGUGGCCAGCUGGUACCUCCUCAGGCACUUGCAUGCCAAAAACGACCAGGAGCUAAUUGAUGUCCUAUUGCAACAUGCCAAAGUGAACGGAGAUCAGAGACUGCUGAAGUUUCAUUCUCUGCUCGCCUCUUCAUCCUGAAUUUUGUCUACAAUUGCGUCACUAUGAAAUCAUCCAGCUUCAGCGGGUUUAUCCACAGGCCUCAGUCGCCACAGGUUCAGCUUUUCUGCGUCACCUCACUAAAAAUUAAAGCAUAACAAACCAUGAGGACUGUCUCAUAUCAUAAAUUCUCUAAAUCAUUUAUUGGCUUUACGUGAUUCUUUGGUUUUUACAUGCAGUAUCAUUUUAAAAUGUAUACAGUACACAUUCAGGAUGAAAUAAAGGCAUUCUGCUCAAUAUAUAAA